AUGUAUUCUACUGGUGAGCCAAGGCGCCGAAACGUAGACAACUCGGCCUCUUUCACGGACAACAAUUCGUCGACGGUGCGGCCGGACCUGCUCGCGGCCUACGAGCGGUGGCGCGGCGACAAGCAAAAGGUUGUGGUGAACGGGCUGCUGCACCGGAGCGACCGCAUGUCCAAGGUUCAAUAUCAAGAAUUGUUGCGGGCGUCGGAGUUCGGGCUGCUCCCGCGCGGCGACGAGCGGCACGCAGUCCCGUGUGGUCCACAUCGCGGCGAUGGCGUGGAGGCGGGACACUGGUUGCCAUAUAUAUAUGUUCCGCGCAGGUGGAGCUGGCGCUUCGGCGAGACGAUGAACGCCGGCGUGAUACCCGUAAUCUUAGCAGAUGGCAUGAGCCUACCUUAUAGCCACCUCGUCGAUUGGCCCCAGGCGCGGUUAUCCAUGCCGGAGUCCCUCGCAAAAAACUUCAGCGCCGUCGUCGCGGCCGUCGCCGCCGUCUCGAAGGGCCGGAAGGCGCGCAUGCGGGCGAAGGUCCGCCGAAUUUAUGAAGAGUGCAUGGCGACGGACGCCAGGCUCGCGGACUGCUUCCUGCGCGAUUUGAGUCUCGCGGUGCGCGCCCCGCGCCAGGCGGCGGCGCUGAAGGCCGCGGAGAGCCUCCGGGGGCCGGACUGCCCGUCGCACGACCUCGACGUGGCCGGCGACAAUCCGCGCUACGGCUGGAGCGUGGGCUAA